AUGGAAGAACUAAAAUAUAUCCCUGGUAACAAAUUUUCAAAAGACAGAAAUACCCUGCCUGGUCUGUCUGAGCAGGAAACUGAUGAGAUCAAGGCUGCCAUCGAAGCAGGAGACCUCUCAGGAGCAGAGUGUGUGGUGCAGAGGUCUGACGAGUUGUUUAACAACACCGAGCUCAACAUCGCGAUCACAGGGGAGUCAGGAGCUGGGAAAUCGUCCUUCCUCAAUGCCCUCCGGGGCCUGGGAGAUGAAGAUGAAGGAUCAGCUGAGACUGGGGUUGUAGAGACAACCAAAGAACCAGAGCGGUACCAGCAUUUCAAGUACCCCAAUGUGAUCUUCUGGGACCUGCCAGGUAUCGGGACCCCAGAUUUUCAGCCACAUACUUACCUGGAGCAGGUGACAUUCAAUCACUAUGACUUCUUCAUCAUCAUUGCUUCGGAGCGGUUCAGAGCCAACCACACCAAACUGGCCCAGGAGAUCCGGAGGAUGGGGAAGAAGUUUUACUUUGUGCGCUCCAAGGUGGACUUGGACCUGUACAACGAGAAAGACAAAAAGAGCUUCAGUGAGGAGACAACCCUGGAGAAAAUCAGAAACGACUGCAUCAAACACCUGUGCAGAGAAGGGAUGAGCUCCCCGCAGGUUUUCCUUGUGUCAACUGUUCCUCUCCCGGCUCUCUCGGUGAAGUGCGACUUUGGCAUCCUGGUGGAUAACAUGAGAGAGUAUUGUGAGAUCUUUGGGUUGGAUGACAUUUCCCUCAUUAUACUCGCUAGCCAGGUUCGGAAGUCUGUUGCUGAGCUGAAGAGUGUGAUCAAGUCCCCAUUGGCCAAAAAUAUUUCAGAAGAAACGGCUAAGGAGCAGCUGACUAAGGCUGCAGGAAAGGGUCUAAUUUUAGCUAAACAUUUUAUCAGCAUGGUACCGGUUGUUGGGACCGUAUUUGCUGCAGAAAGGUCUUUCACAGUGACAUACAGAAUGCUAAACAACUUUUUGGAUGAUGUCGCUGAAGACGCCCAACGAGUCCUGAUCAAGGCAGUGGAGAGAGAAAACAAAUGA